CUGUGUCUCCCAGUCGUCUUCCUCCUCCUCGGUGCGUGUUUCCCUUCAUGCGGGCAGGGGUCUGUGCUCCUGUUCAUGUCAUGACCCAGUGCAGCGGCUGUUUGGAGUGGUCGCCUUUAACGCCACCGGACCUUUUCCUGCGUCUUCAGUUUGGUUGGAUGAAAUAUGCGAUGUUCGCAGGAGCGCACGGUUCUUUUUCUGCUCCACUUUGUUUUCAUGUUGGCAGCUGGCCACGUAGAGUAUUUGGACUCUGGCACACUUCUCUCCUUCUUUGCAGAACAAGGUCCAACUUCAGUGUCAGAUGUGUCCAUUGUCCACCCAGUCAAAACCAGCCCUGAUGGAGAGUUCAUGUCCCACUCUCUGGCCCACCACUUCCACAGUGGUCAGCGAAUCAGACGUGACCUGCGACCCCACAAUCAGGAAGAACAGGUCUACUACAAGGUGGAAUACAAGGGUCACACUUUAAUGUUUAAUCUAAGUAGAAACACUCAGCUGCUUUCGGACGACUAUAUCCUGGAGAGGAGGAACGGCAGCACCAACAGGACCGAGCAUCGUCCGUUUGAGGUGAACUCCUGUCACCUUCUGGGCUCCGUGGCAGCCGCUGAUGGGGGAGGAACCGCCGCCAUCAGCACCUGCACAGGACUGAGAGGCUUCUUCUCCCUGCCAGAAGGCCACUUUUUUAUUGAACCUGCUCAGAAAUCACCUGGUGAUCCCGCAGGAACUCCAGAGGCCCAUGUAAUCUAUCCAAGAAACAUUACAGAAUCUCACAGAAAAAGACGAAGUCCUGAUGCCAGAGGCCCGCCCAGCCCUUGUGGAGUUCAAGAUGCUCCAAGUGACUCUGUCCAGGUGGAGAGGGAAAGGGAGGAAUGGGAGAGGGAACAGCACAGGGGGGAGGAGCAGGUGAGUUCCCGCUGGCAGCGCUCCGUCAGCAGGGAGCGCUGGGUGGAGACCAUGGUGGUGGCCGACGCCAAACUCAUCCAAUACCAUGGCAACGAUAACGUGGAGUCUUACAUCUUCACCAUCAUGAACAUGGUGGCUGGAAUCUUUCAUGACGCUAGUAUUGGAAAUGCCAUCCAUGUCAUUUUGGUUCGUCUCAUUCUGCUCCAAGGAGAAGAGAAAGGGUUGAAAAUAGUUCACCAUGCAGACACCACGUUGUCCAGUUUCUGUGCGUGGCAGAAAAACCUGAAUCCCCAGAGUGAUACACAUCCAGCUCAUCAUGACCUCGCAGUGCUGGUCACCAGGAAAGACAUCUGUGCAGGAAUGAAUCAGCCCUGUGAGACCCUGGGUCUGUCUCAUCUGUCUGGGAUGUGCCAACCACACCGCAGCUGCAACAUCAACGAGGAUUCAGGUCUACCUGUUGCAUUUACCAUCGCUCAUGAAAUGGGCCACAGCUUUGGAAUCCAUCAUGACGGCCAGGGGAACGACUGUGAGCUGGACGGGAGGCACCCGUUCAUCAUGUCCAGACAGCUCAUGUAUGACAGCUCACCCCUCACUUGGUCUCCCUGCUCCAAAGAAUACAUCACUCGCUUUCUCGAUCGUGGUUGGGGGUUCUGUCUGGAUGAUCGACCCUCUAAGAAGGAGCUGACCACCCCGUUGGCCAACCUGGGCGUCCGCUACACCACACACCACCAGUGUCAGCUCCAGUACGGCCCAAACGCCACAUUCUGCUCUGAAGUCGAUAAUGUUUGCCAGAUCCUUUGGUGUUCAGUGAACGGCUCGUGUCGCUCCAAACUGGACUCACCCAUAGACGGAACCCUCUGCGGACCAGGGAAGUGGUGUAUCUCAGGUGAAUGUGUCAUUGUGGGCAAACUGCCAGAGACGGUGAAUGGAGGGUGGGGACCGUGGAGUACCUGGUCCUACUGCUCCAGGACCUGUGGCACCGGAGUUCAGUCAGCAGAGAGGGAAUGUAACAACCCAAAACCAGAGUUCGGGGGUAAAUACUGCACAGGGGAAAGAAAGCGUUACCGCACAUGUAAUACAAAACCCUGCCAGAACAACAAACCCACCUUUCGAGAGAUGCUAUGCAGCGAGUUUGACACUGUACCUUACCACAACGAGCUCUAUCAGUGGAUACCUGUGGCUAACCCAUUAAAUCCUUGUGAGCUGCACUGUCGACCAGUCACUGAGUACUUUGCGGAGAAGAUGUUGGACACUGUGACCGAUGGAACGCCAUGCUUCAUGAACAACAAGUCCAGAAACAUUUGCGUCAAUGGAGUGUGCAAGGAGGUGGGCUGUGACUUUGGUAUCGACUCAAAUGCAAUGGAGGACCGCUGUGGAGUGUGUUUGGGCGAUGGCUCGAGCUGCAACACUGUUUAUAAGUCAUUUGAUGAUGAAGAAGGCUUUGGGUACAUGGACGUGGGCGUGAUACCUGAGGGGGCACGGGACAUCCUGGUGAAGGAAGUGGAGGAGGCAGGUAACUUCCUGGCUCUGAAGAGAGAGGACUCAGAGGAGUAUUUCCUUAACGGCAACUACAUCAUCCAGUGGAAUGGGGAGUAUGAGGCCGGCGGGACUACAUUCUACUAUGAACGCAGUGGGAAUAUGGAGAAUCUGACUGCACCUGGACCCACCAAAGAGCCCAUUGUGCUCCAGCUUCUGUUUCAGGAGAGGAACCCGGGUUUAAAAUAUGAGUACACCUACAAGAAGACCAGACAGACAGGAAAUGAGGUCACAGAACCCGUCUACACAUGGAGACACGGAGCGUGGACGCACUGCAGCGCCACCUGUGGACUUGGUGAGCAGCACCAGCCGGCGCGCUGCUUCGAGGUGGACGUGGGCGUGGUGGACGAGUCUCUGUGUGACCCAGAGACACAACCAGAGGACAGAUACCGAAAAUGCAAGAAUAUGGACUGUCCUGCCAGGUGGUGGGUGGGGGGCUGGCAGCACUGUACAGCCACCUGUGGAUCCGACGGGGUCCGGACUCGGACGGUGCUUUGUGUCCGGACGGUGUCAGGAGAGGAAACUGUUCUGCAUCCUGUUGAGUGCAAACAUCUCCUCAAACCCAAACGUGUGGUUCCAUGUAACAGAGAUAUUCCCUGUGGACAGGAGUGGACCGUUGGAGAGUGGGAAGAGUGUCCAGUCACAUGUGGAGGUGGCGUUCGUUCACGGACCGUCACAUGUGCACUUGCACCCAAAAAGACUUGUGACCUCGCUACCAGACCUCGGUCCAGAUCCCUGUGCGGCCUUCAGAGCUGCCCUAACUCAAGUCUCCGUAGACGACCCGGGCCUCCUCCUAAAUACCGCCGUGUUUACCCCCCUAAGAGUAACCCCACUCAGCUUCCAGUUUCCUCUACCAGGACUCCCAUGAACACCACAACCACAGCUGCACCCACAGUGGCCAUUACUGCAGGGAGGAAAACAACCACCAGGCAGACCUCAGCUGCCCCCUCCCCUUCCACCACGUCCCCUUCAACCCAUGAAACCACAAUGACUGAAAUUACCCACAUAAGUGAUAAAGGUUUCAAUGUUGUCCUGACGAAAAAAGGGGAUUUACUAGAUAAGAAAGAGAACAUUUUCCCUAAUAAAUCUGAAAAAAACAGAAAAGCAGAGAAGAUAAAAGUGGAAGAGAGGGAUGAAGGAGAGGAGGGAAGUACACCCAAUGUGGUGAUGUAUACUCCAGGAUAUGAUUACAUUGUUGAGGAUAGAAGAACAGAAGAGGAGGAGAUAAUUGACCUGGAUGUUGUGACUACAGCGACAUCCCUCAAAACUCCUCUGAAAGCAUCUCCAGUCCACCCAACACCACUCACCCCCAUCCCCACACACACUAUUGAAACCACUAGUAGAAGCAUCCACCUGAACACCAGCCCUGGCAGUGGUCCAUCCAGCCACCGGACUCACAGGGUUCCCCUCACCACUCCGAUCACUACGACUCCAUCCACUCCAACUAAAGCCCCCUCCACCACUCUGAGAAAACCCUCCAGCACAGCAGCGCCACAGCCGACCGUCAAGAUAAUAAAACCAAAGAAGUCUGUCACAGCCAAAACUAAAACUUCAACCACUCGUGCCAAAAAGCUUUCUUCUUCUUCUUCUUCUUCUUCCCGGUCCAAAGAUAGUCAUUCCAGGAGCCAAAACCAGCGCUCAGAGACAUCUGUGAACACAUCUUCCAGUGACCAAACCAACCUGAUGGCCAGAGAGCCAGUCAGCAUGGAGAUGUUCUGGGUUGUAGGAAACUGGAGUGAGUGCUCAACCACAUGUGGUAUCGGUGCGAUAUGGAGAACGGUAACAUGCAGCUCAAAGAAUGAAGACGACUGUGCCAACACGCAGAGACCUGAGCCUGCACGUACAUGUCACCUACAACCCUGCGCCGCCUGGCAGAGCGGCAGCUGGAGCAAGUGUCCAGAGAGUUGUGCAGUGGUGGGACGGAGGUACAGGGACGUCCAGUGUGUCGAUUCUCAGAGUCAGCGUCCCCUUAGACCCUUCCACUGUCAGGUUGUGUCCAGCAGACCUAUCAGCACCUUGACCUGCCCUCACAAAUCCUGUCUGACCUGGACCACAUCACCGUGGGGGCCUUGCUCUGGGAGCUGUGGUAAAGGUAUGAGGGAGCGUCUGGUGUACUGUCCAGAGCCUCAUCGCUGUAGUGUCACAGUGAGGCCCAACAGUACAGAGCCAUGUAAUCUGAAGCCCUGCACCCACUGGAAGACCCUCGACUGGAGGGAGUGCUCUGUGAGUUGUGGUGGCGGUCAGCAGCAGCGGGACAUGUACUGUGUCAGUGUGGACGACUCAGCUGUGAUGCCAAACAACCUCUGUGAAAAGAUUCCUAAACCAGAUACACUCAGGAGGUGCAACACACAGGAAUGUAAACCCAACACAGGCCCAGUUUGUAGGAAGAACACCAUGUCCUCACGCUUCUGUGAUAAACUGAAGCUGCUGGGCCGCUGUGCUCUCAGGUCAGUCCAAAGGCAGUGCUGCGUCACCUGUGGACCGUAACCGUGGUUACAAGCUUUCAUAUAUUACAGUGGACACUGGGGUCUACAGGAAUACAUCCAUGAUGGAUUCUGAUAUAGUCGUGUCAGUGACACAUUCAAAACAAAGAGCUUAUGACCACAUCGCUGCACUUUGAUUUAAAUUGAUUUUUGUUACUAACAAGACUGAGUCAAGUGUAAUUAUUACUGUUGUACCAGACUGGUUCAAAUGACUCUUCUGCAACUAAAAAAUAUAUUCAGAAAUAUACAAAUGUUAGAUGUGCACUAAAAUCUGUUAUUUAUCAAAACUCAAAAUAAGGGUUUUCAAAAUUAUCAUUUAGCAUGAAGUUCCCUUGAUGAUAGCAAUAAUUUGACAUCAUUUUGAGUGCAUGAUUGGCUUGCACAGUUCUGAAUAGGUUUACACACACAGAAACUACAUCUUCUCCAUCAACACCCAAAAAUGUUUGCUUGAUUUUAUAUUUUAAGGGUCAAUAAAUAAUUUAAGGAUCAUACUAAGCAUCUAAGAUUUGCAUACAUCUGUGCUUUUUAAAUAUGUUUGGUUGUGAUGCAGGAGUUUGUACCAGUUCAGUCCAAUGACCCUGUUAUGGUUUAUUUCGGGCACAGUUUUACCAGGAAGCUGCAGAAAAACAAACCCAAACACUUUUGGCCUGUUAAAAAUAUUAGAGGUGAUGUGUUUCUAACAGUUUCUGAUUCUUAACGACAGUGUUCAUAAUUUGAACUACAUGGGUGUGCGGUAAUAGGUACACAUUACAAUUCUUUUGGAAAAAUGUACUUGAAAUGUAAGCAGUACAAUUG